AUGGAGAGCUGGUGGAACACACCUAUGCAUGCAACAUCACGCGCACUCAAAGCUUUGCUGCUUGGUCCCAGGAGGACAGGGAAGAGCUCCACGGGUAACACCCUGUUGGGUCGAGGGCGGGUUUUUGACACGAGAGGAGGAGGGGCCAGUGCAGCAGCUGGUGCUGUCACUGCUGGACGCCAUUUGACCGUGGUGGAUGCGCAGGGCUGGGGAACAUCUGAGGACUUUGUUCCCAAAGAGGAGAAGAUUGAACUCCUGAGAGCAUUAUCGCUGUGUGGAACUGAGGGACCUCAUGUGGUUCUGUUAGUGAUUCCUCUUAUGGACUUUACCGAGUCUGAGAGGAAAGCAGUAGAGAGAAGGAUGGAAAUCCUCACCUCUGCUGUCUGGAGACACACGAUGGUGUUGUUCACUUUUGGAGACUUGCUAAAAGAAAAAGGCUGCAGCGUACAGGAGCACAUCCAAACAGGUGGCCCUGCUCUGAAGUGGCUGAUGGAGAAAUGUCACUAUCGAUACCAUGUGCUGGAUAACAAGGCAGCUCUGGAUAGGAGACGAGAAGGAGAGCAGCAGCAAGUGAGAGAGCUGCUGAGCAAAGUGGAGGAUAUGCUGGAGGAGAACGGGGGGUGGCACUUCUCCUUUCACAUGUACCAAAGGCUGGAGGAGGAAUGGAAACGCAGAGAGCAGCAGCUGAGAGCUUUGCUCGAGGCGCAGACAGAAGUGGGAAGUGCGAGGAGAAAACAAAAGACGGCAGAGACAAAGGCAGAAGUGGAGCCAGAACAACAGCCGAGUUUGGAGGCUGAAGAGCAGGAACAAAGCCGAAAGAAAGAGCUAGAGAACAAGGAGGGAUGUGUGCAGAGGGAGAUAAACACAGGGGAAGAGAGAGAAGAGGGAGUCGAGGUGGAGCUGAUGAGAUUGAGCAGUGAGGAGGAGAGGUGGGAUACGAGCUCUGAGAGCAGGGGGGAGAGAGAAGAAGAGGAGGAGAGAGAAAAGAUGAGGGGGCAGCUGGAUGAGGAGAACACUGAAGUAAAGACUGGAACAGUGACUUCAUGUUGGCCCAGUGGGGGUCCAAGGUUAGUUUUAAAGCCAAUCAGGAGGCUGGCCUAA